AUGAGAUCCCAGCAAUCCUCGGUCACGGCGCAGCGAAAGAAACAAGAGGAAAGUAAUGCUCAGGAGAUCAGGUGAGUAAAAAAGCGAAGCUUGGAGUAAGAAAUGAUAAGGAUGGAAAGACCAGAAGCGUCGAAAUUAAAACAGAAACACUGACGGUUAUGUCCAAUAUGUGUGGUGGUAUUAGUUGGAAUUGAGACUCGGAAAUACAAAAAUCGUUUCCAGACAACUCCUUCAUCAGGAAGAAAACAAAUAUUGCUUCGAAUGUGGACAACGCGGCCCGACUUAUGUGAAUGUGACCAACGGCAGUUUCUGCUGCAUGCACUGUUCAGGGAUUCUGUAGGUUAAAGGACGGAAUUCUUUAUUGGAUUUUAGAAGAGGUCUUCAUCCCCCGCAUCGAGUCAAGUCAAUCUCGAUGGCAACCUUCACGAAUGAGGAUGUUGAGAAGCUCAAGAAGACCGGCAAUAAAGUCAACGCGUUCAUUUACCUAGGUUUAUAUGAUGGUAAAACAAAGUUUGAGCCAAGAGUCGAUGAAGAAGUGAGGAAACAUUUGGUGGAGAAAUAUGAGACAAGAAGGUGGUAUGUGAGUCCGAAUGAUGUGGAGAUGCAGAAGAGAUUACUGGAGGAAUGUACAGAACAGUCUCAUCGAAGGAAUAGUCUGAGUGGGCAGUCAGUUAAGAGCCAUAAAAGUAAUCAAUCAGCACCUCCAAAUCUUCACACCUCAAAGCCGGUAAGACAAGAAUACAUUUCGAUGACUAAUAAUAAUAUUACAUUAUCUAGUAUAAUAUUGUGGGUAAUUGUUAGACAAUUAAUAUUUGUUUCCAGAACGGCCCAAUCGACAUUCUAACCGGUGAUCUUCUUGAUCUCACCUUCAGCUCAACCCCCGCUCCACCUCAACCAGUCCAACCCAAAACCCUCCCCGAAGAUGAUUGGACUUCAUUAUUCAUGGAUCCAGUGGCCAAGGCCCCUCUUCAAUCAACUACUUCUUUCCCUUUUGUUGGGACGUCAGUUCCCCCACCAUUACAAUUUCCCAUGCCAUCAAUACCCCCUCCCAAACCGAGAGAUCAUCAAACUUCAGGAACCUCACAUUCAACAAGUUUCGCUGAAUUCGAUAACAAACCAGUCAGUUCGGAUACUCAAGGAUUCACCCUACCGUCUGGAUGGGAAUGUGAGUUGUAAUUUCGAUGGUUAAAAGAUUGCAUUGGGAACGAAGUUUAAAUGUAUUUUGUUUCAGCAUUUUCUGCCGGAGUCCCGAAAUCGGCCACAACUGGAUUCCUAAAACCAGAGAAUCAGCAGACAACCCAGGUAAGACUCAGUACCAGUAGCAAACAACUGUUCUUAUUGAUCGUUAACUGUUUGUAGCUUUGAGUUAUUUAUCUCGUAAUUUUUGCAAGAAUUGUUAAUCAUCCUCAUUCCAGCCCCCAUUCGAUCCGUUCCCUUCGAUCGCCCCACCCAAAAAGACACCUCCACCCCUCCCUCAAUCUCGACCAGUCGCUAAUCUCAAUGGCUCUUCCGAUCCCUUUAAAACGCCCGUUCCUCCCAAUCCAGUCCAACCGGGAGAUGAGAAGGAUAAUUGGAAUCCAUUCCUCGGCUAA